CGCAUCGCCGCCAGCCCGAGGGCAGGGGGUACAAAAGGCGCCGCCGCGCUCUUGACAAACCACCUUUCCCGAGCGGCAGAAGAAACAUACACCGGCAGGAGGUCGCAUCGCCAAAGCAACCAUGAAGCUCUUCGUCGCUGUCGCCCUCAUCUCCCUGGGCAUCCACGCUGAGGCUUAUGGCCUUUUCCGCUCUGGUCUCUACGGCUCUGGCUUCGGCGGUCUGUAUGGCGGAGGCUUCGGCUCUGGCCUCUACGGAGGUGGCCUUCUCGGCUCUGGCCUCUACGGCGGCGGUCUAGGCUAUGGUCUUUCUGGCCUCUACGGUGGAGGUUUUGGCUCUGGUCUUUCUGGCCUCUACGGCGGUGGCCUCCUGGGCUCUGGUCUUUCUGGUCUUUCUGGUCUUUCUGGUCUUUCUGGUCUGGGCGGUCUGAGUGGUUUCGGCUACCCUGGUCUCCUUGGUUCCGGCUACGGAGGAUUGCUCGGAGGCUUCGGCAGCCCACUUGGAGGUCUCGGCUUUGGAAGCCCACUCAGCGGACUUGGCAGCUUUGGAAGCCCCUUCGGAGGCUUCGGCUCAUUUCCUGUUAGACUUGGAGCCCCCAGGAAAUUUCCCGGCGACCUCCGCGUCAUCACUGAGCCCACCUCCCGCCUUCCCCUUUCCGAGGCUGUCUACAUUGGUGUAUUGCGCCAGCGCCUGGUGCCAGCCCCCUACCCAGUCCCACGUCCAGUCCCAGUUCCACGCCCAGUCCCGGUCCCACAGCCAUUCCCAGUUGACGUGCCAGUCCCACAACCAUUCGAAGUCCCAGUGCCAAAACCAGAACCAAUCCACACCGUCACUGAAGUGACCAACACCGCAGUCAUCGAGCCCGUCACAAGCGCAGGGAGCCUUAGGCAGCAAUUGAGCCUCCUCAACCAGGUCCGACAAACACAUCCCUGCCGGAGGUCGCCUAACUGCGGAAACAUGAAGCUCUUCAGUGCUGUCGCACUCCUAUCCCUCGCCGUUCCAGCUUGCCUUGGUGCCGGCGUCAAGUCAGUCGUCACAGGCGGCGCUGCCCUUCCCGGAACAGUAAGCGCUGCUCCACUGAGUUCUCUGCCCGCAGUCACUACACCCACCGGUGGCCUGACUGGUGUCGGCUCCAGCCCAAGUGUGGUCAGUUCCGUGGUCGGCCCUAGCGGCUCUUCGCUCGGCGGAGGCCUCACAGGUGGACUCACCGGUGGUUCCUUCGGCAGCUGGCCCGGAUCCCUUGGCGGAGUUUUGGGCGGUCUCUCUGGUUCUUACCCUGGAUACCUCGGUGGGCUCGGUGGUAGCUACUGGGGAGGCUACCCGGGCUCUCUCGGUGGUUCUCUUGGCGGUUACUAUGGCUCUUACCCUGGCUUCCGUGGUGGAUUCGGCCGCGGAAUCUAUGGAAGCUGGCCCGGAUCCUUCGGGGGAUCUCUGGGUGGUUUGUACGGAUCCUACCCCGGCAGCUUCGGCGGAUCUCUAGGCGGUCUCUUCGGUUCCUACCCUGGCAGCUUCGGUGGAUCUCUCGGCGGUCUCUACGGCUCCUACCCCGGUCGCUUCGGAGGAUCUCUGGGUGGCCUCUUCGGAUCCUACCCCGGCCGCUUCGGCGGAUCUCUGGGUGGCCUCUUCGGUUCCUACCCCGGCCGCUUCGGCGGAUCGCUGGGUGGCCUCUUCGGAUCCUACCCUGGCAGCUUCGGCGGAUCUCUGGGUGGCCUCUACGGAUCCUACCCCGGUAGCUUCGGCGGAUCUCUGGGUGGUCUCUACGGAUCCUACCCCGGAAGCUAUGGUGGAUCUCUGGGUGGUCUCUACGGCUCCUACCCAGGCAGCUUCGGCGGAUCUCUAAGCGGUCUCUUCGGUUCCUACCCCGGCAGCAUCGGCGGAUCUCUAGGCGGUCUCUUCGGUUCCUACCCUGGCAGCUUCGGUGGAUCUCUCGGCGGUCUCUACGGCUCCUACCCCGGUCGCUUCGGAGGAUCUCUGGGUGGCCUCUUCGGAUCCUACCCCGGCCGCUUCGGCGGAUCUCUGGGUGGCCUCUUCGGUUCCUACCCCGGCCGCUUCGGCGGAUCGCUGGGUGGCCUCUUCGGAUCCUACCCUGGCAGCUUCGGCGGAUCUCUGGGUGGCCUCUACGGAUCCUACCCCGGUAGCUUCGGCGGAUCUCUGGGUGGUCUCUACGGAUCCUACCCCGGAAGCUAUGGUGGAUCUCUGGGUGGUCUCUACGGAUCCUACCCCGGAAGCUAUGGUGGAUCUCUGGGAGGUCUCUACGGAUCCUACCCCGGAAGCUAUGGUGGAUCCCUAAGUGGCCUUUAUGGUUCCUACCCCGGAAGCUAUGGUGGAUCUUUCGGUGGAAUGUUCGGAUACACUCCCGGCCUUGGCUAUGGUAGUGUUGCCAGCCUCUUCGGAAGAGGAGCGUAUCCUUCUUUCUAUGGAGCUACCUCGCUGAACCUCCUGGGUCCCCGUUCGUUUGGCAUCUUCGGUCGAUUCCCACCACCACCCGGUCUUGGCGCCGUGGAGCGCAGGGGACAAUUCCUACCCCACCCCGUUGACAUCCGCACAACCUCUGACCCUGUAACUGGUCACCCCAUGGUCCAAGCUGUCUACUAUGGCCUCCUGCACGAACGCAUCGUGCCUGUGCCAGUCCCGGUUCCACAGGACGUCCCGUACCCAGUACCAUACCCAGUUCCACAGCCAUACCCAGUCCCACGGCCAGUUCCUCAACCAGUCCCAUACCCUGUUGCGCAGCCAGUGCCAGUCCACACAAACACCGAAGUGCACAAGACCGACGUCGUGGCCCAGACGGAGCGCGGCCCAGUUCUCCUCGACCAGGCCAUCACUGACGUCCGAUCAAACCGACUCAACUAAACAUCCUCAGAGGAAAAGACCAAGUCACUUUAGUUCACUGAACAGAUCGGCAGUUAAAUAUGUAUUUGAAAUAAACCAAAUUCUAUCUCAUGAA